UUUGCACCCUCGCCCCUCAACCCCUCCUCAAAAAAAAAACUCUAAACAGUGGAAAAAGGGGUAUUAAAAGAGGAGCGAGAGAGUCGCGCGCACAUUCCAAAGUCUCUUCGCCGAUAGCACUAUCAGCCUGAAGCUCCAUAGUCUUCACAAUUCCCCCAGCAGUGGUUACACUUUUGAUUUUCAUUUUCAUCCUCCACCAGUUCUUGCACCAGGCAUAUCCCCCUCUGGACUUGUCUCCGGCAUCUUCCUCUCACACCACCAAACUCCACCACUGACUCAUGCGCUUUCAAUCACCCCCCAAAAUGCCAAAAGAAGUGUGCCACUAGGCCGAGUGUCGCACGUGAUUUCUCACCAACAUUUGUCGAGUGAAAAAUUGGUCACUCGAAUAAUCUUGCAGUUGUCAUCUGGUUAUUUCUUGGAUUUGUCUAGUCCCUUUGGAAUGAAAAAUCAGUUCACGGACGACGGAUUUUUGGCUCAACAUCAGUGCAGUGUGAUGAGUUAUCACUGGUCAAGUCCAUCAUUGGUGCACCGAUAACGUGUUGAUUUCGUUAAUUGAUCAUUUCGAUGCACUUGUUAAGUACCAAACAAGUUGAGUUAUGAAAAGUUAAGCAGCGCUGGGUGCAAUUAUCCAGUGAAUGAGUGGUGAUGAUGCGUUAGUGAUAGCACGAUGCUAUAAAAAUAAUGAUGAAGAGUGACUGUGAACGACGGGGAAUCACCAUGGAGCUGAAGUCGAGGUAUUACCCUGGCUUGCCCGCGUCGAGUCGUUGCUGUUCGUUUGGUACUUAUAGUUAAUGAUACUGACGACAUCGUCAGGAUGGACAAGAGACGAUCCGUUGAUGGGAGCCUGCUUGAGCAGGCUCUCCCCAUUCCCAUCCAGCUUUACCUCUGGCGUCAGAUGAGGCCUUUCACGCGGGCCAAGCUUGGCAAACUCCACGAGGCGUCGUGUAUGUUUUGUCAACGUGCUCCUGGUCAUCACGAAAUGAAAGAGGCGAGCACUUCAUUCGAAAAGGUCCUCGUCCAGAGUCUUCACAACGAGCUGACGCCCUCCUUAACCGAGAUUCUGAGCAAUGUGCCACGAUGGCGAUUGAUCCAGACAGCCCUUCCCUACAUUCUCCAUUCGGCGGCCAAUCUUCUGCACAACAGGAAGGAUGUGCAGAAUAUUGGACCGAUGGAGACAACUCUGCUCUACAUUUUACAUUGGUUUCUACUUGAUGCUGCUGAGGAAUGUGCAGAGAGUGAUUCCGACAUGGGAACUCAUAAUAAUCCAUUCUAUUACCUUUAUUCUGUACCUACCAUCACGCUCUUUGUAUACCUUUUCGCACCACUCAGCAAUCACCUCAAAGACAUCGACUUCAAAACAAAUUUGCGACUGGAGAAUGGUGUCAAAAUCUGGCAGCCAAUGAGUGAAUACAGGCACCCCGAGAGUUCGUGUUUCACUGCUCACUGUAGGCCUAAGCCAAGAUCCAUUUGGUGGAAUUCCUCGAGGAUGGGUAGACAGCAGGCCCCAAGCGAUAUUUUCGUAGGCACCCGGAAGCAGAAGAGUGAAGAUUUUCGAGAGCCUGACAGCCCCCCGAGCCAAACUGUCAGCAUAUGUUUUUCAGAUCAGAAUGUUGCAUCGUGUACGAAAGGAGAGGAGGAGACCAACUGGGUGUCUUCGCCGAAAGAUACGGUUUUUCCUGAGACAAUACCGGAGGAGAGCUCCAGCACUGAGGACGAGCAUGUAGUGAUAUUCAGGCUUCCGUCCCUCACCGAAUCCGAAAAAGCUAUGGAUGGUGUUAAAGAAGUUUUUACGAUAUUCUCGGAGGGUGCGAGUAUUUUUCACGUAGCGAUGGGCAGAUCGAGUAGUUCGUCAAAAUCAACAGUUACAAUUGAGCAAAUAACAACUAGCUCUGGAGGGGAUAAUCAGUCAGACGGGAGGACUACAUUAAAACUGGGUUUGCACGACAAAACGAAAGAACAUAAAGAAGAUAAGGAUCGAGAUUCGGCUAAGGACAGCUCGAAAUCUAAAAGUGUACCCACAGGACCCCGAGAGCCAACGUCUCCAGAGACCCCAGUCCAGUCAAAGUCUCAGGGGCCACCAGCGGACGUUCGUGCAGCUACAUUCCUUGAUGUAGCAGUGAUGAGAUGUCUAUUUGUCUCUCAGUGGCAGGAAGAAGGGAUCUACUGGGCCCUACAGUACCUUUACCAGAGGCUGAGACAAAUCAACGAAGAUUGUUCGCAUCAACAAAUGCCCAGAAGACGCAGCAAUUCCCUUCCCAUUCCGAAGAUAGAGGUUUCUAUAUAUCAGAGUCCAGAGAGCAAGAAGAAGGAGGACGUGAAGGGAUUCAUUGAAAUUCCCGAUGGCAGGGAGCCAUCAACCAUGUCCGACCUGGCCACCAUCGCCGAUCUUCCGUACACUGCUUCGAAGUCACAGGAUGGAGAGGGUAGCCACGUGAGAAGGGCCAGUGAGAAGACCAAGAAGAGGAUGAAGAUGGCAGAUCUCAAGGCCUUUGUCGAAACCAAGUUGCUUUCUAAAUCGGAGAAAGCGUUGGAGAAGAUUGGCCAGGACGAGCCUAAGGAUCUAAUCGAUCAGCAACACGAAACUCAUAGAAGUCUCGAUACGGGGGAUGAUCACCUGGUGAGACAAGCAUCAACUUCAUCCAGGAUUUUUGAAGAACGUGACAUUGAUCGCAUGCAGUACCCGUCGAACUUGAUAAAGGGGAAGAGCAUGCCAAGCCUUAGCUGCUUGAUUAACGAACUCGCCGCGGGUGGUUACAUCGGUGAUACCAAAGUUGAGAGGAAGCAGGGGAGACUUUAUAGUCAAUCAUGUACAGCACAAAAUCCAAUAAUCACUGUGACCGAACACACACCAACCCCUUCACCAGAUUAUUUGAAACGUCAAGGGUCAAUAGACAGUCAAUUGGAUGCAAUAAGCAUCCACGGUAGUAGAUUAAGUUCCGAGAGGAAACCAAGCCUGACGAGAUCGCAGACUGACUCCAACAUCACGUACACUGGCGACGAAAUUCCUGAAGCGCCAGGAUCUGCGUGUUACAUCACGAAAACCGGAGAUAUCGAUCUCCAAGUGCUGCUGAAGGCUGUCCAUUCAGUUUCUCUUCGAGACACCAUGUGCUGCACCCUUAGAGUCUGCGAGAGCAUUCUCAGUCUCAUUGAGCUUCUGAUUGAGAUAGGAGUCUUGAAGGCCUGCCUCAGGGAUGAAACUGGCAGCAAUGCGGGCUCAGGCAAUGAUGAGAAAGCAGAAACAGCCAGCAGAAAACAUGAUUCACCAGUGAAUGAGCAGGACCCUCGCAAUGACAUCGAUGGGCGCAACUGGAAUGCUCACGCAUUGAUGAUGAAUGCAGUUCUCAGAGUGAUCAAGCACUUGGGGUGUACCCACGGCUGUGGAGAUGGAAUUCGUGGGCCUCAGGCUGAUUUCUAUAGGUCCCAGGCCCAGACAAUCCUCACUAAAUUGAAUUGUGCCAGCUCAAGAUUGUUUUCGAGAUGGUUACGUAAUAUGGUGCGCGAACAACCGAUCACAGAGAUCUUGGAGGUUUUCCAUGCAUACGUGGGCUUCUGCAUUGAUCCAAGUUCGUUAUUAUCACCUCUUAAUCUUAAACGAAGUGCCAAUAAGUCCCCGGAGGUACAGCCACAGGCUGGUUAUGCCACAAAUUUUGGAGCUGGUUUGGGUGCUGGGACACCCCUGGGAGUUCCAUCGACGUCGGUAGCAGCAACGGCUUCGGCAUUAGCCUCAGCCACAGCUGCGUCAGCAACUGCCUCCUAUGGAGGCGUAGGAUACUCGUCAAGAAGUAUAGAAAACAAAAUGUUAGCAUGUAUAUUCAAAACACUAGUAACCCGUUUCGUCACAAACUCAAAGGAACUCAAAACCCAGGAGAAUAUUUCUAUUUACUGCGACAUAAAGCAGUUUGUAACGUAUGUCAAAGAGAUGCAUGGUGGAGUGUUUCGUCGGGUGGCUCUGAGUGGCAUUCUAGAUGCAUCAGACAGGCCUAACAAAAGGUGCAAUAGUAAUCUAAGGACUACAAGGGUAAUUAGACACAUUCAUCAAUCGGAUUAUGAUGAUAAUGCUGAUUUGGCGGGGGAGGCUUGCUGUGUGGAUGAGAGGGGGGCUAGGAAAUUUCUCUUCAAAAAACGCAGUACAUCGUCCACCUGUGCGCAAUCUGAUGCUUUCGGAUUGCAGAGUCUGCUGGAGACUGAGCUGAGUGAAGAGACUGUUAAAGCUAGUCAGAGUCCCCUUGGAAAUUUGCGAAAAAAACAUCAUAUGCUGACGCCUAGACAGAGUGAACGGAAUUUGGGACUUGGGGAGGCUUACCUGGGAAGAUCGAAAAAAACUACGAGAUUUCAGAUGGGGGGAAUAGUCAAUUGGUUUAGGAGAGAAUAUGGUAGAACAGAUUCUACAGAUAGUCAUGAAAGUAGUGAGUCACCGACGGAAGGAAGUUUUGGGAGACAGCCCAGUAUACGUCGAGGGCAUUAUCGAGUCACUCGUCCAGUGCGAGGAGUCGGUCAAACUUUGCAAAGAGCGAAACGAAGAAUGGAGGAUCAGCUCGUUAAAAUUGGCCUCACGAAGAGGAGUAAGAAAGAGAGUAUGGAAGAGGUUCCUAGAAAUUAUUUUAGUAGAAGAAAUUCGAUGGAUCUCGGUGAUUCCUGCCGUGAAUCUGAGUUUGUGGUUCUCAAAGAACGUCGUCUAGUUCCUAGAUCAGCUGUCUACGAAGGCAUGCGGAGAUUCUCAUUUUUACUGGAAACCUGUCAGCCCGGAGCUGUACCAGAUCAUCACUUGAUAGCAGCAAUACUUGAUCUUCCGUACGCCCCGGUGGUGUCGAGAGCUUCAUUACUCCUCGAGUGUGCACAUCUCGUGCAUCAGUGCAAUAAAGGCCACUGGCCGACGUGGAUGAAAAUAAAUCUUCCGGUUUUCAGGCCUUCGGUUCCGAUGGGCAGUAGAAACGUACCGACUGGGGUCAGACGGACUCAUAUACUCCAGAGAGCAGCUGGCAAACUUUUUUAUCAGUGGGCGGAGGCAAUUGGCGCGAGACUAGAGGAAUUUCUGAAUGAGGAUAAACAAAAUGUAGAUCAUGUCGUUGCCAUGAUGUCGGACGAGACGAAGCAGAGAGAAUUGGUAGUCGAAGAUGAAGAGGAAGAUUUUUUAGAUGAAGCAAGUAUAAACACCUAUGGAUCCCAGUGUCCUGUCGCCCUGCGUAUGGUCGCCUGCAUUCUCCUUCUGGAGAUAACAGCAUUUCUCCGUGAAACCUAUCAAACCCUGCCGAAAUCCAGUCGUCUCUCCACCAAGGAUCGUCCACCACCCUGGGAGAGGAUGUACUCCCGUGAUGCUAAUCGUCGUUGGAGCAUGGCCCUGUCAUCGAUGGGACACUCACAGACAUCAGCUCAGAGUCUUCAAUCGAUCGCCGGCGAUCGUGAGACUGGUGAGUUGAGGGAGUCUAUCGAGAAAGGCCAUUGGAAUUGUGCAAAUCCCAUCAUCAAUCAUCAAACAUCUGACUCAAUCGCCCUCGACUUUCGUUCAGAACGAAAGAUCAGCUUUGUGCUUCAUGAGCCCGACAACGAGUCCGAGGGCAGCAGUAAAUCAACGGUGACAAUACAGGGGGAAGAGGCUUUUGAUCGAGAAAAGAAGAAAGUCCAGCCGCAGACUGCCAGGCCCUUUUUACUGAGACGUGGUACAGCUGGAAAUACAGGAUCAUUCAAAAGACGUAGUUUAAAGUUACGUCGGGGUACUAAGGAAGGCAAAGAUAUGGAGUGUGAAGCUUUUGUUCGAUCGAUAGAUGCUGUGAGACGGACUGAUUCCAUCCAAUCAAAACGAAAAGUCAGUUCGUUGUCGGACCGCAGUGACACAUCCGAGCCGGGAUAUUGUGGCGAAGUAAGUGGUGAAGAGUCACCUGGCAUUCUUAGUGAUGAUCAGCCACCAGAGAGCCCAAGUGAUUCCAACGACACUGACGAAACCAAUAGGAACUUUCCCUGGAUGAGGGUGCUUGCACAGACUGCAAGUUCUUUCAACUUUUACUGUUCACAUCAGAACUUUUGCCAUCCUUACUGUCAUCGCAGGCAAAUCAGGGCCUGUGGAAGGCUCAUCAAGUCUGUGAGAAAGGUUUACGGGGAGGCGUUUGGAGUUAUCAACGGAACAGGCACCUUUGAUUUCGAUUCGGAUAAGAAGGACGAUGGGAAGAAGGACAAGAGAGGAAGAAAAGUGUCUGAUCAAACUAGUGCGCAGGUUUCACCGGUUCGCAGAAAAGACAGCGUUGGAAGGAAGUUCAAAAUUGACAAAAGUCUGGAGGGCUCCCAGUCGGGUCGCCUCACUGGUGGCAAUCGAGAUUCCUCGAAGGACCUGGAUCAGGACUCGGACCGUGGCCGGGACUCUUUCAAAAAAUUCUCUUCGGAAGAUGACGACGAGCCAAAUCAUGAGCCACCAGCCAUCCUCAAAUACAUAAAGAUGCAGGUCAAGGAUGCAUUCCAUGCACCCCUGGCAACUCUCGUCAAAGGUGCAGUGGUUAUGCCUGACGAUCUCUUUGCAGAGGUUCUCUCAGUCGCCUGGGAGCUCCUCCUUGAGCCAAAUCAGGAAGUGGCUGCCUCUGCAGCAUCCCUAUUCAUAGUCUCCGCAGUACGCGCUCCAACCCAAGCCAGCGAUAUAAUGCACCAGGGUCUCCAGCACACGUCCCCAGCCAUUCGCAUAAAUGCCAUUCUUCGAUUUCAAGUCCUGUGGAAACUCAGGUAUCAGGUCUGGCCAAGGAUGGAAGAAAUGGCCCACCUGACCUUCAAAGUUCCGCCUCCUGGCAUUGAGUUCACCCUUCCCUCACCGAAAAUCGGAAUAGAGUCCCUCCCAGUGGUCGACCCACCCUGGAUGCCCCAGGGAAAAACCAAAGUGGAAGAAGUCACGAUCAAUCAAGAGCGUCAUAGAUCCGUCGUAACAGCGACUAAAACUCGAAAGAAACAGCAGACGGAGGCGAUAAAGAAAGCUCUUCAAGAGCAGGACGAUAAGAAGCGCGAGGAACGGGAGAGCUUUCUCAUAACAACGAUUCCUAUAACAGUCCAGGCAGCAUAUGAGCCCAGCCCCGUUGGAGACGAUCAUGAGGAUAUGGACGAUGACGCGGGGGAUGCUGUCCCUCGCAACACGUCACAUCACGGCCAAUCAGCAUUGUCCUUGUUCCCUUCGUCUCUGUGCUCAGCCAUUGUUCAAAUAAUUAAUCUUCUCGAUGACGCUGCUGUCUCCGACGAUGGAAAUUCCGUUUACGAAGUAGCUUAUCAGGUGAUAUGGAGCUGUCUCGUUGAGGACAGUGCCCUCUUCUUGCGAUACGUCCUCGAGAGACUCACAAGGGAUAAACAGGAGUUGAUGUUCAAGAUCCUGAGGCAUUUGAUAAGAUUUGUACCCAAGCUGCCGCAACAAGCGGCCUUUGCCCUUUACAAUUAUAUCAUCGGUUAUGUGAUGUUCUAUGUGAGAUCGCCGCAUGAAGAGGGACAAAAGCUCAUUGGAACCGCGUUAUCAAUUCUUUGGAUGGUGGUGCACAGUGUUCACGGGAUUAUGUUUAAGGAUUUGAAGCAAAUAUUGAGGAAGGAGCAGUGUGAUGCCUCCAUCUUAUUGACAGCUAAUGUUCCAUCAGCGAAGAAGAUCAUUGUGCAUGGGCCACAGGAUCCCGAUGCGGGGGGCAUUCCAUCUCAAUUUCCUGUGCAGGAGGACACGCAGUUCUGUCAGAUUCUCAGGGAGAGCCUGGAUUUCUUCGGAAUAGAGGAGCUGAAGCAUAAGGAGUACUUUCUUGUUGAUUAUAAAACACAUCAAAUUCAUAAUCCUUCAUCCUACGUACGUGAUUACUAUUUUUUCAAGAGAUCACAGUAUCCACAACUCGAGCUUGUCCAUAUGAAACCAGAAGAUGCCUUCAAUGCCCUACAGAGGCAGGAGUUAGUUCACAAAUUCGUUGAAAUUGGAAAAACAUUGCUUACGUGGGCUAUUUUAAAAAAUGUCGAUAUGGUAGUUCAGAGAGUCGUAUUUUUGCACGAGGAACUUAUGAAGUUACCAUCCUUUCCGAGAAAAGCACUCGAGGCAGAUCUUGAUUUAUACAAGGGUGGUGAAAUUGGAAGAGAAUUACUGGGAUUGGAUGUAAUGCACAAGUUUAUGUGGGUACGUCUGAUCGCCCGAAUGUUCGAGGCCAUGGCCGGUAAUUUUGCCUAUUCCGGUGAUAUUCAUCUAUUUCUCAAUGUAUUGAAUGGAGCCCUCGUGCUACACAGCGAAGACUCGUGUAUCCUUCGUUACGUCGUGGCGACGUACAUUAACGCAGCGCACAAUUUCAAAAACAUAUUUUCAACGAACGGUUAUUUACUGAUAAUGCCAUCGCUAUUGCAAUUAUACGCAACACAUCAAACGAAUAAACUUGUUACUACUACUGUAGAGUAUGCUGUUAAGCAGUUUUACAUGAUGAAUCGUAAGCCGUUUAUCCUACAGAUGUUUGGGAGUGUUUCCACUAUUUUGGAUACUGAUGAGACAAGUCCUCACGGAGAGGCGCACAAGGUACCCUCGACGUGUCUCUUCAACUUGUUAUUGAGUUUAGAAACUCCAUCACCAGAUCCCCUUAACAUCGGUGAACUUGUGAAAGAAGAAAAACCUCUGAAAGCCAUUGAUUUUUGUUACCACGAUGAGAACGAGAUGGUCACCGUACUGGACUGCAUAUCCCUCUGCGUCAUGGUGAUAGCGUAUGCAGCUGAUUCCACAAGGGGUCAGCAGAUGUUGAUAAUUUUGGAGGCAAUAUUGCCCUGUUAUGUUCAGCAAAUUCAAUCGCCCACGUACAAUCGAGAAGGAAAGACGGAGAAGGAGAUCAUAAAUCAGUUGGCAAUAGCUGUUCGAACACUUGUGAAUAAUUCUGAAACCUUGACUAAGUACUACAAUGGGCCACAGAAGUUGAGCCCUGAGCACAAAGGGUCAAGUCAGAGGAACUAUGGAAAGGGCCCCUACUCACCAGGUUUUGAUUUUGAAGAGGAGACGCACACGACGAAGUACCUAGAGCACACAAAAGCCAGAAAUCUUUACGAUCGAGAUAAUGAAGACUCUGAGACCUCUCACAAGAACGAGUUCCGGAGGCCCAGGGACACCCUUCUCAACAUGGUGGGGGAGUUUGUGGCAAGGUGCUCGGUACGACUGGUGGAACUGAACAAGAAAUCUCAGGACGGAAAGAUGAUAGAGCUCCUGGACUCCAAGUGCCACGUGAGACUAGCGGAUAUAGCGCACAGUCUUCUGAAAAUAUCUCCUUACGAUCCUGACACCAUGGGGUGCAGAGGUCUGCGACGGUACAUGAAUGACCUUCUGCCGUCGACGGAGUGGUCCAACGAUGACAUGAGGCCGGCCCUCACAGUGAUCUUGAGAAGACUGGACAAAACCUUCAGCAAGAUCUACAAGAAAGCUUCUGUAAGAAGAAACACCGAUUGGGAGGCGGCGAGUGAUCUGCUGAGAGGUGUCUACGAAACUCUCUCGAAGUACCCUUACAUCGCACACUUCCAGUAUCUGAAGACCCUUCUGGCGACCUGUCAGGCCCUCAUCGUUGGCGACAUGGGCCAAGUGGAAGUCACAUCAGCAGCAAGUGCAGCACUCAUGAGCAAGAUUCCUCCACAGCACUUCUGCUCAACUGUCCUACGAUUGAUCGCCCUUCACGUUAUUUCUUUGGGUGAAGGCUACACCUUGGAAAAUGUCUGCGGUGGUAAUUCAAUGUUCGCUUCUCAGAUCAGAACUGAGAAUGUACUAUUGAAUCUUCUGAUACCUCUCUUCUUGCGUGUGGGAACUGGAAGGAAAGAUGUUCCGAAGCUGAGACAGGCUGACCUGAAAUUCGCUCUCGUCGCUGUUCUCAAUACUCUGUGGCCUACUAGCACAAAAAUAGCACCUCUCACCGCCCAAAAUUUGAAAGCAACAGCGGAUUUGCGUGCUGGUAGUCUAACUUUCACAGCUAGAGAUCCGAAGACUUCCACCAAGUUAUCCCUGUCGCUUUAUCGAGUGGCCUUUUUAGCCCUGAAGAUCAUGACCAUUUGCUUUGAGGCCGAGAUGAGGACCGAGUGGACCAAAAUCUUGAGGACAAUGCGACAGCUGAAUAGGAGAAAUGAAGCCUCCGUUCACUUGUGGAAUUUUCUGGAAUUUGUUGUCACACACAGGACAGCUCUGUUCAUCCAGAUGCUCCCAUUCAUCGUCCAUAAAAUAGGACAGCCACCGAUUUCCGAGCAUGAACGUAAUAUGCAAAGCUCCAUCAGGGCAAAGAUCAAUGGGGAGACUGCAGUAUUUCCCAAGUCACGUGGCACCUUGUUGGGCGAUUUACUGCACGAGUUGAGAGACUUGAAGGAGGAGAUUGAGGAUCGGAAGUUCGAUGAGAUGCAGCCGGAGCCGAAGAGAAGUGUUGUGGAUAUGCAUCCUAAUGCGCCAAAUGUCAAUGACGGACAGCCAAGAACGCAGAGGCCGUCUUUGCUAAUUGAUCUGUUGACUGGGGAUCUUGGCUCGAGGGUGCACAUCAAUAGGACACCUGCGGAGACGCCAGGCUCACACUCAACGACCCUUCAAUCACUUCCACCGUCUGUCCAUCAUUCCGUCAAUUCGAGUAGUACUACCAAAUCUUCUGUACAGAGUCACGCAUCGCCGGGUCCAGGCAAUGGGGCUCCUGUUCCGAGAGGGUCGGUAUCUAGUGCAAGCUGUGGCUCCUCCACCAUCAAAGAAGGCGCCGAACUAUCAACUGGAGAUAAUCAGACUGAGCAGACCGCAGUACCAGAUAGAUCCCAAUCAUCAUCUACUGCUAGUGAUGAACGUAAUCAUGUUAAACAUCAUGUUAACUUACAACAUCAAAAGACCUCUAAACUGCGCUUUGUCUCUUCCGUAGAGUAUAGGCACAUUUCAGGAGAAAUUGUGACGAGCCAACUGAGCCCCAACAGUCCAGCGGAGGACAGCUCCGGCGAGUCCCGAUUAGACAGGCCUCGUUUGCAGCGUUCGAUGGGCCAAAGCAAGAGGACCUUUCGUUUGCGAAAAAGUCGAAAGAGUCAUAUUGAGGUGCCCCAUUUGAAACUGGAGUAUCAACAAGGUUCGUCAUCGUCUAUCCCAGCGACGUCGCAGACCCCUCCAGCCUCAGCUGUGGAGUCCACUACGUUCAGUCUUCCCAUUGACACUUCAUCCUUCCGGUCACGGCGUAGUUGCUCAGUUCGUUUGGGCGAUGGUGAUCACAUCACUAGCCUAAGCCCAGUGGACCAACAGUAUCUCCAUUACCAUCAACAGACACACCACUACCUCCAUCCUCAAUCGGACAUCUCCUGGGAUGACGACACAUCAAGCACAUCAGGCUAUCGUGAGUCUUACAGCAUGCAGUUGGUGUCACUCGAGGGUAAUAAUAAAUCCCCAGCGCCACCCCUGGCCUCACCCGAUCUCAAUGACAUACCAUCGACAAGCAGUACAGCAACAAAUUAUAUGGGCUUCGAUGGCAGCUCACCAGAUUGUUCAUUGAAUGGCAGUGGUGGAGAGAAAACGACACUGUUGAAUUCAAGUCAGAGAACAGCAUCACAACACUCACUCAUCAUGGUAUUUCAGGGUCAGGACGAGGACACAUUGAUCUAACGAAUCGCUGUGGUAACGGUGUGGUGGACAAAUCAUCGAAUUGUAUCAGUGAAUUUUACAUCCGAAAAAUUUCAACACGAUGAGUAUUCAUACGAUAAUGUUUCACUAAUAGUUGGUAGUAUGCGAAUUCGGGACCGACAGAGGCCUAAACAUUUGUACGACGUGAUUGUGUAAAGGUAAUAAUGUAAGAACACGUUUUAGAUAAAGAGUUAUCAUCAGUUGAACAA